AUCUAGCUUUCUAGCACCGUUGACUUAUACUGUUUGGUUAGAAACCAGAUAAAAGGCCAUAUUUUAAAUAAUGUUUAAGAGGACUUGCCAAUAAACAGUGCAGUUAUUAAAACCCACAGGCUUCUUUCAUGUAGCUUCUUCAUAUUGCUGUUCUGUAGUUUGAGAAUAGAGAUACCAAUAUGACUACAUUUUAUCUUAGGUUCCCAGUGCAGGAGUCUGCUUCUGUAUAUGAAAGGUUCUGAGAGAGAGUAUGCCUUUUUAUUUUGGAAGGGAAUUUUAUUGUUGCUAAGGAUCUGAGGCUUUCAGGAGAGAUGCAUAAAAGCAUCUCUUCUCCCAGAAGCUUCUUAGCCUUUCAUGAGUGAUUUAGGUACGGCUGAAAACACUAAGUAUUCUAAUAUGCCUUCCAGCUAUGGGGAAUCUUCCUCCCCACAUACAUACAUUUUUCUGUUAGUUGUUAUGAGUCUCAUGAACAUUGUAUACAUUUUCCAUUCCAUGCUCAGUGAGUCUCUGCCUGUACUACUGUUCAAGUGUGAAAAUGGAAAAGUUGACCCUACUCCCUUCCCUGUACUUUCUACUUGAAUUUCCUUCCAAGUGGCCACCUUUUUCUGAUGUCUGGCAAAAUGUUCUGUCUUUCUUUCACCUGACUGCUUACCUGCAGCAUUGUUUGAUGCACUUCCAUUAUUUGUUUUUCUGAAUAUUCAGUUCCUGAUUUUUCAUUAGCAGGUUGGUCUUCUGUUUUUCCACAUUUAAUUCUUGAGUUUUGUUGCUUGCUUGCUUUCACCUUCUCCAUCUGCUGUAAACUGCUUAAUUUUAGUAUUUAAGUAGUCAGUCUGUUUCCUCCCUCUCCCCAUCAUAAGUAUCCCACCAACUUAUUUACGUUUGUGGUUUGUGUUUUUCUCUCUGUUCCAAUAAGCUGUCUGUCUGUCCCCUCUUUCGUCAUAAUUCUUGUCACUGUCAGACACUCACCCUGAGUAAACUUAAUUUUAGGGGUUUUUGUCAUGAUGAAAUUAGACUUUCUAGGCUUCUCUUCCUUUGUGCCUUCAAAAGAAAAUCUCACUAUUCAUCUUCCAAAACUUCUUUCACAUAUCCUGUUAUGGUAUGCUGGGAGAGUAUCCUACUGUUUUAUUUGCUUCUAGAGGAAAAGGAUGAUGUAGUACUUGAGACACCUAAAUUCACUUCUCUGCUCGAUCAUAAGAUUCCUCUUCGACUGUAAGCAAGUGGUUUAGGUCCCCAUUUCUACAAUGUGGUGAUACUAUUGCCCUAUCUAUAAAAAUUAUUGGAAGAAUGAGUCUGUUAAGAUUCUGUAUGAUCCAUGUUGAUGGUGAGGGAGGCUGUGUUAACUGUUUUAAAUAGAUACCUUCUUAUCUCACCUAUACUGUAUUCUUAUGACUUCAUCUAAGUUGCCUUGUCAAUUGGACUGUCAUCAGUCAUUCCUCUGCUGUAUCUUCCCUUAACAUUUCAGUCAGGAAAUAAUCUACUCUUCAGAUUUUUUUGGUAAGUGUGAGUUCAGUUUCCAUGGAGGGCUUCUACAUCUAUGUUUCUUUACCUUUAUGUUCUGCCUUCUGGUUUGAAGCACCUAACAUUAUACUUUUGUCAGUCCCUUUACCUGAUCUUUGAUAGUACUGUUUUUCUUGCCUGAGCCAGCAGUGUGCUCAGGCGGCCAAGGCGGCCAAUGGCAUCCUGGCUUGUAUCAGGAAUAGUGUGGCCAGCAGGAGCAGGGAGGUGGUAGUGCCCCUGUACUCAGCACAGGUGAGGCCUCACCUCAAGUACUGUGUGCAGUUUUCAGCCCCUCACUACAACAAGGACAUCGAGGUGCUGGAGCAUGUCCAAAGAAGGGCAAUGAAGUUGGCGAAGUACCUAGAGAACAAGUCUUAUGAGGAGAGGUUGAGGGAGCUGGGGUUGUUUAGUCUGGAGAAGAGGAGGCUGAGGGAAACCUUAUUGCUGUCUACAACUACCUGAAAGGAGGUUGUAGCAAGGCAGGGGUUGGACUCUUCUCCCUAGUAACAAGCAAUAGGAUGAGAGGAAAUGGCCUCAAGCUGCACCAGGGGAAGUUUAGGUUGGAUAUUAGGAAAAAAUUCUUCACUGAAAGGGUUGUCAAGCAUUGGAACAGGCUGCCCAGGGAGGUGGUUGAGUCUCCAUGCCUAGAGGUAUUUAAAAGAAGGGUAGACAUGGUGCUUGAGGAUAUAGUUUAGUGGUGGACUUGGCAGUAAUAGGUUAGCGGUUGGACUCGAUGAUCUUAAGGGUCUUUUCCAACCUUAACAAUUCUAUGAUUCUGUGAUUCUCCAGUCUGUCUUUGCUGUUCCCUUUGCUUUAUACUCGACGAGUUGUAUCAUCUUAAUGCACUUAACCUCCACAGUGCAGUUUACCCAAUGUGAUAGAGUAUUUCCCUUGGUUGUAAUUUUUCAUUUCAAUUAGUACUACUUUUUUCUCCACACAUGCCAUCACCUCUUAUCUUUCUUUUUGUUGUGUUGCUCUAGCAAGUCCUAGGUUGGCUUUCUUGGCAUUCUCAUAUUGCAUCAGAGCUGUGAAAUGCCUUAAGUAAGAUUUGGAGUCUUUGUAUGCACUGUAGCAAGAAAUUCACUUAUCCUUUUCCCAGCCCUAUGUGUCUUCUUGAGGAGCUGCAUUUACACCAGCAACUUUUACUUUCAGCUCUUACUGCUUGUUCUUAACAAUUACUACUCUUUUGUGCUCUGUUCAGUGUCAUUUAAUUGCCAGAAGGAGCACUCCUUUUUACUCAUUCUCCUACUGCUCCUUUUUCAAUGACAUAAAUUUCUUUUCUUUCACUGUUUAUUUAACUUUAAGAGUCUCUUCCAUAUAGUUUAUUCUGUUGCACGGGUAAAAUUCAUAUAUCUGAACUCCUUGGUUAUGGGAAAUGAUAGCAGACUAGGUUUCUUGAAUAUUUCUGUUCAUUCAAGUUGAAAUAGCUUGAUCCAUGUUUCAAAUACGUUGCUUGCACCAUUUAAACUUUCAUGCCCUACUUGGUUAAUGAAGUUGGUUAUGUUACCACUUCUUCACGUUUACUCAUAUUUCCAUUACUCCUUGCAUGUCCUUCCAUGACUCUUCAGCUAUGUAGUGUUUCAUCAUCCAAUAUCUGUGCACCCUUUUUUUUCUCAGUCAUUUUUGCUAUCUACCCUUUUCCUCAGUCACCUUUGCCAAAAUAAUCUCUCUGCAUGGCAUGCACUCCUCUACAUCCCAUACAUAUCCAUCAUUCUCAGCCAUAAGCUUCUGCCUUACCUGAAUUUCAUUGCUUCAUUUCAGCUGUUCUCAUUUAUAUCCUGAAAAUUUAUUGCAAUUCAGUGUACGUGAAUGGUCUUCUCCUAUGUCUGUUUUUCUCAUACUGCCAUGAGAGUUGGAUUAACUAGGCUGUCUCGGUGCAUACAACCAUAGCCACAGUUGCUGCUUUAUAUGCUUUCACUAGCUGGUUGAUUAGCUUUUCAGUGUUGUUAUAUGAAUACAAAAUGUAUAUUCUCUUAAGCAGCUUUAAAGCCACAAAAUGUCAAGAAUCUUAUAAUCUCUCCUUAAAACACACUCAGCUCACACUUUAGAAUUAUACUGCUGAUCUUCUCCAUGCAUCAAGUCUCUUUGUUACUGGUACAUAACUGCAGUUAGGUGAUGAUACAGAGCAAAGGCCUAGCUGUAUGAUAAAAUUUGUCUGUAAAUAGGGAAAAAAGGAAGACCAGGGGAACUACAGGAAGUCAGUAUGUCUGAACCCGGCAAGAUCACAGAACAGAUCCUCCUGGAAACUGUGCUAAGUCACAUGGAAAAUAAGGUGGUGAUUGGUGAUAGCCAACAUGGCUUCACUAAGGGCAAAUUGUGCCUGACAAAUUUGCUGGCCUUCUACAACAGGGUUACAGAGUUCGUGGAUAAGGGAAGAGCAACUGACAUCAUCUACUUGGACUUGUGCAAAGCGUUUGAUGCUGGCCCACAUGACAUCCUUGUCUCUAAAUUGGAGAGACAUGAAUUUGGCAGACAACUCAGUGAAUAAGGAAUUGGCUGGAUUGUCGCACUCGAAGAGUUGCAGUCAAUGGCUCGAUGUUCAAGCGGAGACUAGUGAUGAGUGGUGUUCCUCAGGGAUCUGUAUUGGAACCAGCACUGUUUAAUUAAUGACUUUGUUGGUGACAUGGACAGUGGGAUUGAGUGCACUCUCAGCAGGUUUGCCAAUGACACCAAGCUGCGUGGUGCAGUCAACAUGCUGGAGGGAAGGGAUGCCAUCCAGAGGGACCUUGACAGGUUUGAGAGGUGGGCCUGUGCAAACCUCAUGAAGUUCAAGAAGGCCAAAUGCAAGGUCCUGCACAUGGGUCAGGGCAAUCCCAAGCACAAACACAGGCUGGGUGGAGAACGGCUGCUCUUCAGCAGCCCCAGGGAGAAGGAUUUGGGGGUGUUGGUUGAUGAGAAGCUCAACAUUACCUGGCAAUGUGUGCUUGCAGCCCAGAAAGCUAACAUAUCAAAAGAAGCAUGACCAGCAGGUCAAGGGAGGUGAUUCUCCCCCUCUACUCCACUCUUGUGAGACCCCACCUGAAGUACUGUGUUUUGUGGUUUAGCCCCAGCCAGCAACUAAGCCCCACACAGCCGCUGGCUCACUCCCCCGCAGCGGGAUAGGAGAGAGAAUCAAAUCAGAAGGGUAAAAGUGAGAAAACUCAUGGGUAGAGGUAAAGACAGUUUAAUAGGUAAAGCAAAACAGUAAUAGUAAUAAUAAUAAUAAAAAUAAUAAUGUCAUGAAAAGGAAAAGCAAAAGUUGCAUGCGCAAGGAAAACAAAACAAGGAAUUCACACACUAUUUACCAUCGGCAGACAGGUGUUGAGCCGUCUCCAGGAAAGCAGGGCUCUAUCACACGUAAUGGUUACUUGGGAAGACAAAUGCCAUAACUCUGACCACCCCCCCUUCCUUCUUCUUCCCCUGCUUUAUAUGCGGAGCGUGACAUCAUAUGGUAUGGAAUAUCCCUUUAAUCAGUUUUGGAUCAACUGCCUUGGCUGUGCCCCCUCCCUUCCCACUUCUUGUGCCUCUGGCAGAGCAUGGGAAGCUGAAAAAGUCCUUGACUAGUACAGGCGCUACUCAGGGACACUUAGCUGCUACUUAACGACAACUAAAACCUUAAUGUACCAUCAGCACUAUUCACAAAACACACUAUACCAGCUACAGUGCAGAAAAUUAACGCUAUCCCAACCAAAACCAGCACAUGUGUUCAGUUCUGGGGCCCCCAACAUAGGAAGGACAUGGACUUGGAGUGAAUACAGAGGAGGGCUACGAAGAUGAUCAAAGGGCUGAAGCACCUUACCUGUGAAGACAGGCUGAGCAAGUUGGGGUUGUUCAGCCUGGAGAAGAGAAGGCUGCAGGGAGACUUUAUAGCGGCCUUCCAGUACCUGAAGGGGACCUACAAAAAAGCUGGAGAGGGACUUUUUACAAGGGCAUGUAGUGAUAGGACAAGGCGUAAUGGCUCUAAACUGAAAGAGGGUAGAUUUAGAUGAGAUAUAAGGAAGAAACCCUUCACUCUGAGGAUGGUGAGGCACUGGAAUGGGUUGCCCAGAGAGGUUGUGGAUGCCCAUCCCUUGAAGUGUUCAAGGCCAGGUUGGAUGGGGCUUUUGAGCAUCCUGGUCUAGUGGAAGGUGUCCCUGCCCAUGGCAGGGGAGGUGGAACUGGAUGAUCUUUAAGGUCUCUUCCAACCCAAACCAUUCUGUGAUUCUAUGAAAUAUUGUUCAAGUCUGUGGCAUUCCAAAACUAAUAGGAAAACUUGCUGUUUAUUCUGGAGGUGAAAUAGGAGCUACAUCAAAGAUUAAUUACAUUUAUCAGUUACAGAAUAUGUUAGCCCUUCUAGGCUCAGAGCAAUAAAUCGCAGUUUUGUUUCGAAGUGUAAAAGGAUUGAAAUGUUGGCCAUGAUAUCAUUAUGCCCAGAGUCCAUUAUGAGAUUGAAUUGAAUAAGACUGAAUAUUUGCAUAGGAUAUAUGUUGAUAACAGUGGAUGAAGAUAGGUUAACCAGCACCAUCUUUGUUUUACCAAGUUUAUCAAAGAUGUGUAAAUAUUUGAUAACACGUUUGAGUUAGCACAGUUAAGAAGUCAGUGCUUGUCAGCACAGUCGCAGUAAACUUUAUGUGCCUAUAAAGCUCAUCCUGAUUGUAGACACAGUGCUAACAUUCUGCUGCCUUCAUUAAGCCUCAGAUUGUCUCUUUUACUUCAUAACUAAGAUGGCUUGACCACGUGCACACUAUCAGUUACCACACUAAUUUGAUAAAUAAUAGUUUUAUUAAGUUGUGAUAAUGCAACUGAGUGUGGUUACAUGUGCAUAGUCUAAGAUUGAACAAUGGUGAUGAAUCCGCUUCCUUUACUGUGGAAUUAGUGUACUGAGACAGUGAGGGACGUAGGCAGGAAAUAAGUUACUUGAGAGCAAAAUUAGUUUUACAGCUUAAUUAAAAAUACCUAUGUGUUUCCUAUUCCUGUCAUCUUCCCCUCGACCCCCCACAAAUGUAGGCAAUUUAACAGUACAUUUAAAGCCACAAAAUGUAACGUGAAUCAAGAAACUCAAGAAGCUGCUAUUUUCGUAGGAAUUGUAAUUAGUUUUAUAGGUACAUGUUUCCUCAUUUUCUUUGUAGAUAUCCAGCUGUAAGCAAAGGCCUCAAGUAGGCAAGAACCAAGGGAAAGAAUAUCACUUGUUCUACAUGCUCUUUUUCUAAGCAAUUUAGCUGUAGUGAAGAACAAUGUCAAAUGAUUUCUUCAUAAGAAUCUAAGAGGCCAAGGUCUUUGUGGUUACAACAUUAUGAGGAUGUGACCUUGUUAAAGCAAGGUAGGCAUCUUUUGACAGAGUUUUUUGACAGAAAUGUUCAGGCAUCCUCCAAUCGCCUUGAGCAAAGAUGCAAAAUUGAAAAGCUGUUAUUUUGUAACCUCUGUCAAAGUGAGAGGUAAUCUGAACUGUAUCCAGCUGCAGUGUUCAGUUAAGCUUAAAAAUGAAUCUGCGGAGAUUUACAGCUGAGCCUCUGUAAAGUAAGGAAUGUCACCAAGUACUGGUCUUAAAUUAAAGUAGACUCUAAAUCCUUAGAGGUUGAAUUUUGUCCUUCCUGUGCUUAUGUCUUUCACUACACAGCACAGCAGAUUUCAGUUUUUAGGAGGGAUGUGUCCCUGAAGAAUACUUACAUCUGUUGGGUGUCUAUCCCACACUCAUCAAAUCAAAUGCCACAAAUGUUAAGCUGUAUUUGUCGAGCAGUUUCCAAAGAUCAUGCUGAAGGCUUCCUCCAGAGUUGAGGCAACUGUAUGAAUUCUAGCUUCUGUUGCUUGAGCUUUUGUCUUAAGAAAGAAGAAAAAGCAAAAAAAAACCCCAAAACAAAAACCCAAAACAAAGCCAAAAAAAGACCCAAAAAACAACUGGCAAUUGGCACUAGAUUUUCCUAGCAUCAGUAGUGCUGAGGACAUCGCUGUUCAUGUCAACUUUGUUACCAAAAUGUAAAUUCUGCAGCACCAAGGAACAAAAAAUUUCCUGUUCUUCAAGUCCAACUGUAACAUCAAGUUCUGGUAGCAGUAGUUCUUUAUCACCCCUUGGACCUCUUUGUAGACAGAGAUCAUUAGCAAAUGGCGUUUUGUGUUCUGAGUCUAGCACAUCAGGUGUUUCUUCACCAACAUCUAGCUAUCCAAAAGCACCAGGCUUUGAACGAGAAGAUCAGCAUGGUCACUUUAAGGGAAAAUCUAGGCAGUUCCACUCAAACUUUUGGCUACCUCAGGCUUCUAUUCCACCAGCCUCUUGGAGAAGUAUUCCCCAGCUGGCAAAGCAUCGAAGCUUCCCAACUGAGAAUCAGCAGAAAAUAAAUGAACAAGACAACAAGCAGAACCAUCUCAGUGUUUUUUCAGCGGUUAACCCACUUGCGUCAAGUAUAACUUCCAGUUUGGCCUCAAGUGUUGGAUCAGACAGUUCAUCUCCUACAACUGUCUCUGCUAUCAGUGCUAAAGCUCUUCCAUUCUAUUCUGGCAGUAACACAGUUGAAUCAGUAAUAGGUUCUGCUUUAGAUUUGCAUUUUAAUGACGUGAACGUCGCAUCCAUAGAUAGAGAAUUAGAAGAUCAAGAAGGCAGUGACCUUGGAUUAGCAAGUCAAAGAUUACUGGGAAGUUCGGCACCUGUCAAUAUUCCAGGUUCUCUUGUUCGUUCCUCAUCUUUACAUUCAUCAUCAUCCCUUUCAACCUCCCCACUCAGUUCUCUUUCACAAUCGCUGUCUCAGUCUUUUGUUUCAUCCACUACGGCUCCUCACCGCCAGCAGCCUCAGCCAUUGAAGACAGAACAUAGUAUGUUAGGCACCUCAGCCUCUUCUCACAACUCUUUAGGUUUAAAUGGUGUUACAGGGAGCAUCUGGGACUUUGUAACUGGAAGUUUCUCUCCUAGUCCGUCCCCAGUACUAAGCAGUGCCACAACCCCCUCAAUAAAUUCAAACACCAGUGGGAAUGAACUCAGUCGAGUUAGACAGGAACUCGAUGAUGCCAAGAGAAAACUAAAACAAUGGGAGGAAUCUUGGCAACAAGUAAAACAGGCAUGUGAUGCGUGGCAGAAAGAGGCUCAAGAAGCAAAAGAACGUGCUAACGUGGCAGAUGCGGACAAACAACUCGCUCUUCAGAAGAAGGAGGAAGUGGAAAAUAAACUGAAAAAGCUGAAGGCGCAGUUAGCUGCUUGUCUGUCUACUACAUUACCUUAUAUGAAAAACUAUGGAGAUAUAGAAAAGAUAUCUUUGCCAAAGCUUCGCUCCUUACAAAAUCGGCUGCAGUUAGAUUUAGAAACAAUAGAUGAGGUGAUUUUUCAGCUUCAGUCAAAGAAGUGUAUCAUAUGUCAGGAAGGUGAUCGUAGCAUUAUCCUGAAUCCAUGUCAACAUUAUGUACUUUGUGAUCACUGUGCAGCUGCACAAGAAGAAUGUCCCUGCUGCAAGAAAAAAAAGAAUCUGUGGUAACAUACAGGCAUAUCAUGUCAUAUGUUCAUGAAUUAAGUGAUUUUAUCUUUUUGUACUUUGUAUAAGAAUUAUAUCACUCAUAAUUAACCAAUUUAAUAGUGCUAGACUGAUUUCCAUUUUGAUGUGAGAAACUUAGUUGCUUUAAGAUAGAGAAUAAGGCUUGUUCAUCUUUACAUAUCAGCUUCAGUCAUUUAAUGAGGUUCUAUAGUCUUGAGGUUCUUUCAUUCCCCCCGCAAUUCCAUUGCAGCCUUUUCUGACUUCCACUUACAUUCCUAGUGCACAAGCUACUUAGGUUCAUUUGCACUGUAAUCACUUUGUAUAAAUCUUACCGUAAUGCCUGGAUGUUUGUACCUGUUAUUUUCAUCAACAGAAGAUGGAUACGUAGAUACAGUAACUACACGCUCAGCAGUACACAUGGUCCCUUUGCCAUGUCUGUUGUGUGUGGAACGCCAGAGCCAGUAUUUUGGAAUCGGUCUAACACUAUGUUUACUUGGAUGUUUGAAAAACUCUGAUUAACAUAAAAGCACUUUUUAAUUACUGUGUUUUGUUAGAAGAUAUGUUGUAAAUUGCUUCAAGCUGCUUUCUAGGUCUUAGGUUUAUUUUUUAAUAUGCAAUAAUAUGAUGUGUUAUAUGUGUACUGUGAAUUUAAAAUAUUUCACAUGGUUUUACUGUUAAAUCACAAUAUAAUUAAAUAGAAAUGACAACUUAGGUAGUUUUUUUACAAUUUGUAAGUUCACAGCAUACUGUAGUAUUUAUAAAUGUACCAGCAGAGACAAAAACAGUGAGGCACAUAUGCUUUCAUAUUCAGACACGUGUUUUAAAUUUUGUGAAGCAGAUAAGUUUUAGUAGAUGGCUGUGCAUUUGCAUAUUUCCCUCCGUUUGGAUGUUUGUAGUCUUAAAGUUUUUGUACAUCUCCUAACCUGUGUGGUACUCAUUGGGAGCAGAUGUGAUAUAUAUAUAUAAUAUUACCAAGUGCCUAUGCCUAAUAUCCUAUAAAAUGGCAGAAGACAUAAAAAAAGAAUUUUGCAAAUACUUUCUAUUGCUUAAUUUUGUAUUGAAAAAUUUGACAAUAACUAGAAUAUGUCUCUUGCUUUUAUAAAUAUUUAAAAUGACACUUUUUUCAGUAAUGAAGUAAUGCAUGUUUGAAAGGAGCUACGAAGUUAUUUAAGUAAUCAGGCAGUGGCACUUUGACACAGUGAUUCUUUUAAAAGGUUACUUUCUUUUCUUGAUUCUUUUAAAAGGUUUACAUCAUCCUGGUAGUUGGGAACAUGCAAUUCAGGAGUAAAUUGCAUGUUAAUUAACUAACUUCUGUUAAUUAAUUACUGCAUGUUAACACUGUACAUUUUUACUUUUCUUACAUGGAAUAAUUGCCUGUAUUACUCCCUUUUUUGUUAAAUUCAGGUUUGACACUACUACAACUUAGAUUGAAAUGACCUUCUACUGUGUUACAUGAUUUGUAUCUAUGUAUUACUGUAUACAGUAUAAAAAGUUCACACAGGCAGCAAAGAGUUAAUCUAUUUAAAGUUUAGUCAUGCUGAAACAGAAAAAAAGAUGUAUACUAAAAUUAUUAUUGUCAAAAUAGAGCUUUUAGAACUGUGUCAGCAUAAAUGAAGGGCCCAAGCCAAGAGUACUGAAACUACUAUCUACUUUGGGUUUUAGCAUUGUUUGUACAAAGGCUGGAGUUAGCAAAAAAUCAUUACACAUUUUCUGUGAGAACUAAAUGUAGAGACUUGUCGCUGCUUUCCUAAGAUAUGUCAAUCUGCAGGAACACUGGAGACUUUUUGGGAAGGGAGGAGUAGGAUGAACUAUUAAAUACAUUUCUACUUGCUUCUGUUUCAAAAUUUUGUCUGAAGAUCACUUAAAGACCAAAGUUGGGUUUAAUAAUGUGAUUUUGUUGAUUUUAACACAGUUUCUCUAAAUCAUUUAUACUAAGAAGACUAUAAAAUUGGCCUCUAUUUGCAUUUUCAAACACACUUAUCUCUCCUAAAUUAAGAUACUGCCAUUUUAAAGGUGUAGCCAGCUUUAGACUUUUAAAAAAAGGAACUUGGGUUACCAGGUUUGGCUGUAAGUAUUAAUGUAUUUUUCCAUCUGUGCAGUCUAUGAGAAGGACUUGAUUUUUGAACCUUAACAGCAUUUUGGACUAAAGCAAACUUAGUUAUCUACGGGUUUGGUGGUUUUGGGGUGUGGUGUUUGUUUGUUUGUUUUUUUAACAGUGAGCAAAUCAAAGAUUAAUGGGUAAUUAUGGUUUAAAAUUAUGUUACAUAUUUUUCAAACAAGCACUUAUUUUGGACACCAGUUUACUAUAUCUAGUGUGGAACAGCAUUCUGCAACCAUUGUGCUCACAAAAACAUUUAGAAAUAUCUUAGUGAAAAUUUUUGCUUUGGUAUUUUAGAAGAAACCAGCUUAGGCCCCAUUGUGCUGCCCAUGUGCAGCUAUGUGACGUUUGUUACCCACAAGAUACAGAAGCGUGAUUUUGUGCUGUCUUGUCAAAGUUUGUAGUUCUUCAUGUGUAUUUUAGUGCAUUUGCCUAUGUCCUAGGGCUAUUUUUUGGUCCCUUUGUUUUUUUUUGGUAGUAACAGGCGAUUUUCCUAAUCUCGUGAUACCACCAAAAGAGGAAUGUAAACAGCACUUGCGGUGUGAAUCAUCACAUUGACAUUCAUAUGCUGCGUUUUUAGAGGAAAUGAACUAAUGUUAGUCUGUUGCUUUUUAAAGUUGUAUGUUUUGUGUUUCACAUGAUGAAUCUUGAAAAUGAUGAUGUGUGUCCUAUAGUAAUACCAGUACUGAAAAUUUUGCAGGUGUUCCCUGUAAGUUUCUUUGGUGCUGAAUCACAGACACAUUUAAAAACUAUCAGCAAACCAUCUUGUGGAGAAAGAAAAAACACAUACCAAAGAAAUGUACUUAUGAAUGAAAUUCUCAGACUGGGCAGCUUGCUAUAAUUACAGACAAAUUUGAACCAUGCAUCAUCAUACGUAGCAGUCAUAUGAAAAAUACAGUUGUUCUUCACAAAAUUCUUUUUGCGAGGAAUUACAAGCAAAGUUGUCUCCCUUAUUAAAGCAAGUCAACUGCAAAUAUAAAUAAAUACGUACUUUUACACCAAUACUUUAAAACGGAGGAUAAUAAAAUAUAUGCAGUUGACUAGAGACAACUAUUUGGAAGAAGUGAAACCUGACCUUUUAAAGCAUUUGUUCUUGUACUAUAUACACUGUCUAGAAACAGAAUACAUUAAAAUCAUAUUUUAGUGAGACGACAGUACGGUAAUUUGCUGAAUUCACAAAACACAUAAAAGCAAACUAAAUAGAUUUUCAAGAUUCAGUUUGGUAUUUGACAAAGUUCCGUGUUAAUUUAUGUAAGAAUAUAAUUUUUAAUGUGAAUGCCAUUAUGUUGUCACAAUUAUUUUAGCCUGGGGAAUAAUUGAUGAAAAUUGUGAUUUCUCAGGGUUUUUACAGUUAGGAGCUGCAAUUUAACCGGAAGUAUGCUAAUUACAGAUAGAUCCCAAGCUGCAUGUUAUAGGCUUAUUAUUAGUCGUCUUUGAAUAGCAGAGUAUUAAAGGCAUACUUUUUUUGUUCUAUAUUGCCAUUCAGAGUAUCCUAGUAUUAAAUAUAGGUAGUAAUAUUAUUACUGUCACACUAUGCUUGUGUAACUGUGGUCAUCAUCAGACCCUAAAUAAAUAUGGAAUUUCUACUCGUAUUAAUUUAUGGAAGCUGUUAAUGUUUUGAGUGUACAGACAGAAAUGAUUUUGUGAAUGAAACUGUUCUUAAUACAAAACAUAUUAUUUAUAAUGCAUACUCAUUUACUUGUAGUGAACUGUUUAAAAUUGUUAACACUUGUUAAAACUUUUCUACACUAUAGCGUUUAUGCAACGGUUUACAAAAGUCAUGGAAUUAUUUUUAUUACCAACAUGGAAAUAAAAUUUUGAUCUUUA